AUGCGUGGCUUCAGCCUUGUGAACUUGGCCUUUACGGCAGCGGCAGCAACCAAUCUCCUGCCCUUUUCAGCGGCCACACCGUUGGUGACACGGAACAAUGUCUCCAAGCGCAGCAGCCCGAUCGCUCCCAAGGUCGUCAUCAUCUCCAUGUUCGAACCCGAAGCCGCCGUGUGGUGGGGGAUCGACGAGUUCGACCUGCUAGGCCAGAACAUCACCAUCCCAGGCCUCUCCCCUCUCUUCCCCGAGGUGCACUGUACGGCGAGCGGCGAAGUGUGCCAAAUCAUCACCGGCGAAUCGGAAAUCAAUGCCGCCACGACCGUCAGCGCGCUCGUGCUCAGUCCCGAGUUCGACCUCACCAAGACGUAUUUCUUCGUGGCCGGGAUCGCCGGGGUGAACCCCAAGGUGGGCACGCUGGCUUCCGUCACCUUUGCGAAAUACGCGGUUCAGGUGGCGCUGCAGUACGAAUUCGACAUGAGAGACAUCCCCUCCAACUUCACCACGGGUUAUAUCCCAUUCGGAGUGGAUUCGCCGGACCUAUACCCUCAAAACAUCUACGGCACCGAAGUGUUCGAACUCAACGAAGCCCUACGAGACAUCGCCAUCAGCUUCGCGUCGACGGCGACGCUCAACGACAGCACCACGUCGCAAGCCUACCGCGCCCUGUACGCGCAGGAAGCCGCCUACGCGGUGGCGGCGCAGCCACCAAGUGUACUGGGGUGUGAUGUUGCAACCUCGGACGUUUACUAUUCGGGCACGCACCUUUCCGAGGCCUUUGAGAACACCACGCGGAUCUGGACCAACGGGUCGGGCGUCUACUGCGCCACUGCCGAGGAGGACAACGCGACGCUCGAGGCCAUCUUGCGCGCCGCCAAAAUGAACCUGACCGACUAUUCCCGCGCCAUUGUGAUGAGGACGGCCAGCGACUUUGACCGACCACCACCGGGGAUCAGCGAGAUCCAGAAUCUGCUCUAUGCCCACCAGGGAGGGUUCCCCCCGGCCAUUCGGAAUAUCUACCUCGCCGGUGUCAAGGUGGUGACGGGCAUCCUGGAGGGGUGGGAAAGCACGUUUGAGAAGGGCAUCAAGGCCCCCAACUACGUCGGAGAUAUCUUUGCCACCCUGGGCGGCGAGCCGGACUAUGGCCAGCCGGCCGACUUCAUCACCAAGAGAGACCUCAGCCUCCGCGCCACUAAGCCUGCGUUCCAGGGGAAUCUGAGGAUGAAAAGAGCCAUGGUGAGCGCGAAAAGACGAGCCGCCGCCGCGAGAGCUCUGGGGAUUGAAGUAUAA